CUAUCAAAGGAGGAUGAAGGAAGAAUGAAUGAGAGGUGGGCAUUCUAAUGCUGCAGUGACAGCCUGCAUCUUCUUGCUUUCUCUGAUAGUGCUUUAUGUCUUUCGUCCUCUAAAGAUAAAAUUAAGAGUAACAAGAAAGGUGCAUUCUCCUCCUGUUCUAAAGAAGAUUUUCAAGAAACGGAAUCUGAGAAACAUGGAGUACACUUUCAAAGCAGUAACCAAGAAUCCUGGAAUUAUAAUCUGGCGAAUUGAGAAAAUGGAGUUGGUGCUGAUCCCUGAUAAGUCAUAUGGUAAUUUCUAUGAGGGUGACUGCUACAUACUGCUUUUUACUAAGAAAGUAGGCAGCUCCCUGUCCUAUGAUAUUCACUUCUGGAUUGGGUCUCAAUCCAGUCAGGAUGAGCAAGGUGCAGCUGCCAUCUACACAAUCCAGCUAGAUGAUUUUUUGGGCUCCAGUCCCAUCCAGCAUCGAGAGGUCCAGGAGCAUGAGUCAGAUGUCUUUAGAGGCUAUUUCAAACAGGGAGUCAUCUAUAAGAAAGGGGGAGUGGCUUCAGGAAUGAGACACACAGACACCAACAGCUACGAUGUCCAGAGACUACUGCAUGUGAAAGGAAAGAAACGGGUCACUGCCAAUGAGGUGGAGAUUACAUGGAAUAGCUUUAAUCUUGGAGAUGUCUUUUUGUUGGACUCUGGAAAGACUAUCAUCCAAUGGAAUGGACCAGAAAGCAACAGACAGGAGAGGCUCAAGGGUAUGUUACUGGCUAAAGACAUUCGAGACCGCGAGAGAGGGGGUCGAACGGAGAUUGGUGUAAUUGAGGGCGAUGCAGAGGGAAAUUCCCCUGAUCUCAUGAAGAUCCUCACUAGUGUCCUUGGGGAGAGGACUUCCAAGCUUUCCAUGGCAAUACCUGAUGACUCAGUGAACCAGGAGCAGAAGGCCCAGCUUACCCUCUACCAUGUGUCUGAUGCUGAAGGUCAGAUGAAAGUCACAGAGGUAGCUACCAGACCAUUGGUUCAGGACCUCUUGAAUCAUGAUGACUGCUACUUCCUUGACCAGGGUGGGGUAAAGAUCUUUGUAUGGAAAGGAAAGAGAGCAAACAAAGCGGAGAAGCAGGCUGCCAUGUCAAGAGCUCUGGACUUCAUCAAGCAAAAGAACUACCCCAUCACUACUAACAUUGAAACUGUGAACGAUGGAGCAGAGUCAGCCCUUUUCAAGCAGAUGUUCCAGAGCUGGAGUGUGAAGGAUUUAACUGUGGGUCUGGGUAGGGUGCACACGGUGGGAAAAGUGGCACAUGUAAAACAAGAGAAAUUUGAUGCCACACGGAUGCACGUAAUGCCACAAGUUGCUGCACAGGAACGUAUGGUAGAUGAUGGCUCAGGCCCGGUGGAGGUGUGGCGUAUUGAGGAUUUAGAACUGGUCCCUGUGGACCCCAAGGGGUAUGGCUACUUUUACGGAGGAGACUGCUACUUGGUUCUCUACACCUAUGAGGUCAACAACAGGAAGCACUACCUGCUCUACAUGUGGCAGGGACGCCAUGCAUCUCAAGAUGAAUUGGCAGCCUCUGCAUUUCAGGCUGUGAGCUUAGACCAGAAAUAUGGAGGUCAGCCUGUGCAGAUCAGAAUCACCAUGGGCAAGGAGCCCAGACACUUUAUGGCAAUUUUCAAGGGUAAAAUGGUUGUUUUUGAGGGAGGCACAUCCAGAAAAGGGGGCACUGACCCGGAACCACCAAUCAGAUUGUUCCAGGUCCAUGGUUCUGACCCUUUAAACACUAAAGCCAUUGAGGUUCCAGCCCUAGCUGCUUCGCUUAACUCUAAUGAUGUAUUUCUACUGAAAAGCCAGACAGAGAUGUACCUGUGGUGUGGAAAGGGAUCGAGUGGGGAUGAAAGAGAUAUGGCAAAGGAGGUCAGCUCUGUUAUUGGUCAGCACUCAAAAAAUAAAGAGAUUGUGGCUGAGGGGCAUGAGACUGUUGAGUUCUGGAACGUGCUUGGAGGGAAGGCACCUUACGCUAGCGACAAGAGACUGCAACAAACUGUUGUGGAUCAUCAACCUCGUCUGUUUGAGUGCUCCAAUAAGACAGGCCGCUUUAUAGUGACAGAGGUGACCCAGUACACCCAGGAUGACCUCAUUGAGGAUGAUGUCAUGCUUCUAGACACAUGGGACCAGAUCUUCCUAUGGGUGGGUAAUGAGGCAAAUGAGGUGGAAAGGAAGGAGGCAGUAGUCAGCAGUCAGGAAUACCUGUCUACUCAUCCAGGAUCCAGAGACCCUGACACUCCUAUUGUAUCAAUCAAACAGGGCUAUGAGCCCCCCACCUUCACUGGCUGGUUCACUGCCUGGGACCCAACAAAAUGGAGUGGAGGAAAGACAUACGAAGAGAUGAAAAAGGAACUUGGCGAUGUGUCAAGCAUAGUUAGGAUUACUAAUGAACAGAAUAUCGUUGAGACCAAGAGGAGCUUUGAGUCUUAUCCACCAGAUGAGUUGAUCAAUAAACAAUCCAAUGAGCUACCUGAGGAUGUGGAUCCUUCUCAAAAGGAGAAACAUCUCUCAGACUCAGACUUCGAAGUCAUAUUUGGAAUCUCUAAAGAUCAGUUUGCAAGCCUGCCCCAAUGGAAACAAAUCAGCAUUAAAAAAGGAAACGGAUUGUUUUAAGAAAAUCACAUGUUCAUUUUAUACCAACUUCCAUACGUGGUUCACAAUUCAUUCAGUUUUUACUUUGCUGCAGAGUUUUGAAUUGCAAUCGUUUCAGUGGAGACAAGAAUAAUGAGCAAUAAAAUAGUUAUUAAAUGUAGCUUUACAUUUUCAAGAAUUACCCUUAUGAAUUGCCAACAACCUAAACUUAAUCAUGCCACAGAAAUGUAACAAAUGAAACAAAAUCGUGGUGAAAAUAUUGUGUUUUGAAUAAUUGGUUUGUUCAAGUUAUAAAAUGCAUUACAUGAACAAUAAAGAUCUGGCAAGCAUCA